GGGACGCGAGGGGCCUCCGGCGCGGAGGACAGCGCGGGCCUCGGUCAUCAUGUCCGUGCUGGACGUGCUGUGGGAGGACCGCGAGGUCCGCUUCGACCUGUACUCGCAACAAAUGAAAACAAGACCUGGAGAAGUCCUUAUUGAUUGUUUAGAUUCAAUUGAAGACACCAAGGGAAAUAAUGGGGAUAGAGGUAGACUCUUAGUAACAAACUUAAGAAUUAUCUGGCACUCUUUGGCAUUAAUCAGAGUCAAUCUUUCUAUCGGUUACAACUGCAUAUUGAAUAUUACAAUAAGGACGGCUAACUCUAAAUUACGAGGCCAAACUGAAGCUCUUUAUAUACUAACAAAAUGUAACACUACUCGCUUUGAAUUUAUAUUUACAAAUUUGGUUCCUGGAAGUCCUAGACUUUUUACUUCUGUGAUUGCAGUACGCAGAGCAUAUGAAACUUCUAAAAUGUAUCGUGAUUUUAAAUUGAGAAGUGCACUAAUUCAAAACAAGCAACUAAGGUUAUUACCACAAGAACAUGUAUAUGAUAAAAUCAAUGGAGUAUGGAAUUUAUCCAGUGAUCAGGGAAAUUUAGGAACUUUUUUUAUUACCAACGUGAGAAUUGUGUGGCAUGCAAAUAUGAAUGACAGUUUUAAUGUCAGUAUACCAUACUUGCAAAUCCGUUCAAUAAAAAUUAGAGAUUCAAAAUUUGGCUUAGCUCUUGUCAUAGAAAGUUCUAAGCAGAGUGGAGGAUAUGUUCUUGGCUUUAAAAUAGAUCCUGUGGAAAAACUACAGGAAUCAGUUAAAGAAAUCAAUUCACUUCACAAAGUCUAUUCUGCCAGCCCGAUAUUUGGCGUGAAUUAUGAAAUGGAAGAAAAGCCACAGCCUCUUGAAGCUCUGACAGUCGAACAGAUUCAAGAUGAUGUUGAAAUAGACUCUAAUGACCACACAGAUGCUUUUGUGGCUUAUUUUGCUGAUGGUAAUAAGCAACAAGAUCGUGAACCUGUAUUUUCAGAAGAACUGGGGCUUGCAAUAGAGAAAUUGAAGGAUGGAUUCACACUACGGGGACUUUGGGAAGUAAUGAGUUGAUCUUGAGUUGAGCUGAAUUUCUAUUUAAAGAUAUCUCAAG